AGCAAUAACUGUGGCGGAUUUGUUUGUGGGCGCUGUAGACCAAUAUGGUCUUCCAUCAAGAGUUCGUGCUGACCACGGUACAGAGAAUGUUCGUGUAUCUGACUUUAUGGAAACACAAAGAGGACCAAACAGAGGAAGUUUUAUUGCUGGACGCUCUGUUCAUAAUUCUCGAAUUGAACGCCUAUGGAGAGAUGUGUACUAUGCUGUCAUACAAACAUUCUAUGCAUUGUUUUAUCAUAUGGAGACACAAAAUAAUCUAGAUGUGGAUAGUGAAGUGGAUCUGUUUUGUUUGCACUUUGUUUUUGUCCCUAGAAUCAACAGUGCACUGGAGGAAUUUACGGCUGCCUUCAAUAGGCAUGGUCUGCGAACGGAAGGAGGUUGGUCCCCACUACAAAUCUGGUUAAAUGGCAUGAUUGAUGUAAAUAAUCAAGAUCAAACAGCAGUACAAGAUGUGAUAGCAAGAGCACCACUGUCUUAUCUUGGAUAUGGGAUAGAUCCACAGGCACCAGUUCCAGAUGAAGACGAGUACAACAUCACAUUACCAGAAGUGUUAUUACCAUUGCCGAAUGAUACACUUGAUGUUCUAACUCAAACUAUCAACCCAUUAGAGGAAAGCAAUGAUUAUGGCAUUUCAAUCUACAUUUUAACAAGAGAGCGUUUGUACAGUUUGCUGGAAAAUACACCUCGCCAAUAA